AUGAGCGGCCACCCCGGGUACAACCAGCAGCAGGCGCAGUCGUAUGGACACCCCUCGCAGCAGGGUCCGCCGGCGGCGCGACACCCUCAGGAGGGCCCAUACGCCGCGUAUGCCGCGGCGACGGCGGCCGCCGCCGCCGCGGCCGGGUCGCAGUAUGGCGCAUAUCAUCCACAGCAUGGGGGCGCCCACGCUGGCCAGGCGCACCCCGGCGCCGCUGCCGGGCACUAUCACCCCCAACAGGUGCCGGCCCCGGGCCAGGCAGCCCAACAGCACCCCGCAUACCAGGGAUACGCGCAGCAUCAUCACCACCAGGCGAUGCAUGCCGCUGGGGCCGCUGGCCAUGCGCACGCCCCUUCGCUGCAGCACCAGGGCCACCCAUCUGCCGGGGCACAGCAGCAGCAGCACCCGCAGGCGGCAGCGGGCCACGCACACAUGAUCCACUCGCAUCACUCUCAGCUGUCGCAGCAGCAGCAGCAGCAGCAACAACACCAGCAGCAGCAGCAACACCAGCAGCAGCAGCACCAAUAUUCUCAGCAAUAUGCUCAGCGACAGCCCGUCGGCUCGUAUCAGCAGUACCAUUUGCAGCAGCCGCAGCAGCCACAGCAGCCGACACCGCAACAGGCGCGACAGGUGUCGCACCAGCAGCACUUGCAUCCGCAGUAUGCCCAGCAACAGCAGCAGCAGCAACAGCAGCAACAACAACAACAACAGCAGCAGCAGCAGCAGCAGCAGCACCAUCACCACACGCAGCACCAGCAGCAGCCGCCGCCGCAACCGCAGCACCAGCAACCGCAGCACCACCACCAGCAUCAGCACCACCAGCAACCGCCCCAGCAGCACUAUCACUCCCAGCCGCAGCCACAGCCGCAGCAUCUGGCCGCAUCCCAGGCGUAUGUCGAUGAGGCAGCCCGCCAGCAUGCCCCCCCUGGUAGCUACCAGGCCCCGGCCGGUGUGCGACACCGCCACCCGCAGCCGCAGCAGCCGGGCAUGCCGGCAGCCGGGUACACGGCCGGGGGCGAGGCCCAUCCUGCCCAGCACCAUCCCCAAGCCAAGUCGCUUGCAGGGCCCGUGGAGCAUUUCCACAGCCAGCAGGCGCCGCAGCAGGGCCAGCCGCAGGGCCAGCCGCCGGUGCAACACCCCCAAGCCGGGGUGUAUGGGCAGCACCAGCCGCCGGCGCAUGCCAGCGCGCCACCACAUGCUCAGCCUCCGGCGCACCACCAUCACCACCAUCCGCAGCAGGCCGCUCAGCCGGCCCCGGGCCAGCAAGUGCCCCAGCACCAGGCCCACACGCCGGGCAUGCCUCCGGCCAUGAAUGGGCCCUCGCCGCACCAUGGCCAUCCGCAUCACGGCCCGGCGCAUGGCCAGUAUGUGCAUCACAAGCCGCCUGGGCCCCAGGCCCCGGGCGCGGCCUCGGCCACCAACACCGCGGGGUACCAUUUGAAUGUGGCCGCGGCGGCUGGCUUCGCCGGUGCUGCAGCCGGCACCCCGGCGGUUGGGUCAUCGCCGCAUGCAGGGGCAGCUCCGGGCCCGGGCCCGGGCGCGGCUCCCCAGUACCGACAGCUUUCCGGCUCGCACCCGGCGUACGCCAGCCAGCCAGGCUACCCCCCCUCGGUUGGGCAUGCACAUGGUGCCGCGCAGCCGGCACAGCACCCGCACGCGCCGCCCGCUGCUACAGUGGCAGCGGCAGCCGCGGCCGCCGCCGCCGCCGCCGCCGCUUCGGCAACCGCCGCCGGCCAUUACUUCCCCGCUGGUGGGCGCCCGGUCGGCGGCCAGUCGCCCUAUCAGCCGCCGGUGUCGGCGCCGCCGGCUUUGGCCCCGGGCGCCAUGGUGGCCUCGGGGCCCGGCAUGUCGCCGGCCAGCGUGCCGCCCGGGCAUGAUCCCUCGGGGCCGCAGGCUGGCGCGUCCGGGGUGGCGGCGGCGGCGGCCGUGGCCGCCGCAGCCGCCCUCAAGUCCCGCGGCCUGCCGAGCCCGCACCACCCGUAUGCCGAGCAUGCGGCCUACCCACCCGGGCAUGCGCACCAUUCCCAGCUCCCGUCACAGGCACAGUCCCAAGUGCAAGUGCAGCAGCUUCAGCCACCGCCGCCGCCGGCUGGGCACCCGGCACACCGGUCGCACUCUCCGAUGCACCCGGCUCCGGCAUUGCAGCCCCCUGCCCAACCGAAGACGGCACACCAUCACCAUCACCACCAUCACCACCAGCAGCAGCAGCAGCAGCAGCCCCAAGCGCCAGCUCAGCCGCAUCCAGGCUCCGGUGUCCCACCGCCGCAUCUCAAGCAGCCGCCGCAGCCGCACCAGCAGCCGCCGCCGCCGCAGCCGCACCAGCACCCGCACCAGCUGGCGCCCCCACAGCCACAUCAGCAGCAGCUGCCGCUGGUGCAAAUGAAAUCCCACGUCCCGUCAUCGCCCCAUACGGCGGCCUGGCAUCAGGACUCGCCGCAGCAGAUCCCCCCAACCGGGCACUACGCCCCUCCGGGCCCGGGUGCCGGGCCGGCUGUCCGGCCUCUGCCACCCCGGCCCGAGUCCCAUCCUCCCCCGGGGGCGCCGGCUGCUGGGGCCCAUGCCCCUGCGGCCACUCGGCCCUCGCCAGCGCCCGGGCCGGGGCCCGGCGCCGCGGCCGCCCGGCCGUCUCCCUCGCCCACGCCGGCGCAGCAGCCCCUGCAAACCCCGGACACCGGGGCCGGGACCAUGGCCGACGCGUCGCAGCAGCCGCGCGACACGGCACCCGGCAAGGCCCCGCCCGCCGUCCGAUCCCCUCCCUCUCAGGCCCAGGCCCAGGCCCAUGGCCCGCCCCCGACAGGGGCGCCACCCAAGCCCGGAGCACCGGAGCCGGCCGUGCGGCCGCGCCCCCCUGCCUCCAAUGCCGCGGCCGACUCGGCACGGGGCCCUGCUCAGACACCGGCGUCGGCAUCGGCGCACCCGCAGCCGCGCUCGCAGCCGCACCCGCACCCGCACCCGCAGCAGCAGCAGCCGCAGCAGCCGCAACAAUCAUCGCAAGACCAGUCGGCCAAGUCGCAGCCCCGGUCGCCGACCACGCACUUGGCCUCGCCCCGGGGCCACCCCUCAUCGGCGAUGAUGCACCAGAUCGAGAUGGUGCCGAACUACAACUUCCGGCAGUCGAAUCCACUGCCGCUGCCGCUGCCGCUGUUGACCUCCCUGCUGCACUUGCGGCUGACGCUGGUGGCGCCGUUGCCCGUGGCGCGGGAGGUCUUCGCCGAGUUUCCGGUCAAUCCCCAAUCCAUAGUCUUCGCUUUGAACUUCCCCCCCGGGCUGCUGGCCGUUCUCUCGGACCUCGCCCGCCUUCACACCGAGUGGCCGUCCAAGCCACAGCUCUGCCUGCCGGAUGACUCGUCCAAGACCGCCCACCGGGCCAUCAUUCGAGUGGACCUGGCCCUGUCGCUGUUGCUCGCUUCGCUGUCCGAGGCGCACACGAUCAUCAGCCAGCGCCGCGAUGCGGCGGCCGGUGCUGGUCCCUCCACGGCUGACGGGUCGGCCUCCGGCGUCCCGGCCCUGCGUCCGGGCUUCCUGCUAGGUGGCCGAGGCGUUGGCAAGGCCACGGCCACCGGGCGCCGCCGGGCGGCCCAUCGCGACUUGCGCCUUGACCGGCUGAUGGGCCUUGCGGCCGGCGCCGAGCGGCUUUUCACCCGGCCAGCCGGCCGGCACCAGGUGGUCACGGCGCCCGAGCGUGCGGUCCGUGUCCAGGCCCGGCAGGUGUCUGCCUGGCUGGACAACCUGUCCGAGGCAUCCGGCGCCCCGGGUGCCAGCCCGACCUCCCCGGCCGCCGGGUCGUCCCCUCGGCUGCGAGCCCUCGAUGCCUUGGUGACCCGGUCGCGCGACUCUCGCGCCGAUAUGUGCCGGCUCCUGCGCUUGCCCUCCUUCGACCAGCUUUUCUGACCCCCUGACAAAUGCCCAAGUCGUGAAUACACCCAACACCCCACA